AUGAAUGUUGAAGUGUGUAAAAGGUUCAAGAAUGUAAGGGAAUGGUUAUCUUAUGAUGUGGUUGUAGGAAUUGAUACAAAUUUUGAUAAAAAUUUGAAAAAAUAUUGUAAUGAAGGAUCAUGUGAUGGUAUUUUCGAUAAAAUUAAUGCUGGAUGUUUAUAUUUGUUGGAUCAAUUCUACAAGGAUUGUGGUGUGACUCCCUCUCCUGCAAGAAAUAACAUCAAUAUUGUUGAUUACAUUUUGAUAUGGUUAGGGUAUAUGUUAAACCUUAACAAAAUUAAUGAAAACGUCACUACAGAGUUUUUUUAUGAAACAUAUAUAUAUAAUGGUCAGAAGUAUAAUGAGAGAAUAAAAGAUGUUACUGGUUAUCAGACUUAUAAUGAUCUUAUAUAUAUAAAAGAAGAUUUGAUGAGUAUUGAUAUUAAAGAUAUGUCUAAAUUUUAUGAUGCAUUUAUAUUAUUAUGUGACAUUUGUACUGGGGUUAAUGAAGAAAAGCAAAAUUGCAAUAAUUUUUCGGAAAAAGCUAAUGAAUUUGCUAAAAAAUAUGAUGAGCUUAAUGAAGAUUAUUAUAAUGGUGAAGGCAGCCCCUAUAAUCAAUUAUUAUCUACAUUAUCAAAUGAUUAUUGUAAUUUAAAAAAUAAAUGUAAUCAAUUUCCAACUCUUCCAACAUAUUCACGAAGAUUCGUAAUAAAAAGGACACUAAUUCCAAUUGCAUUUAUGAUUGUUGCAUUAUCAAUUUUCUUGGGAAUUGAAUAUAAGUAUUCGUCACUUGGAUUUCGGAAACGAUCUCAAAAACAAUGUUUAAGAGAAAAAAUAAAAAAUAUAAUGAAGAAAAUGAUUCAUUAA